AUGGACGCCGUUACACCAGUCCGGACACGGGCCUCGAUACCGUCCAGUUCUUUAAGCAAAAGCGAGGAGGAAAUAGUAAAGAAGUUGCAUUCCAAUCCAGAGCGCCUUUCAUCUGGUGAGCUGGCAAAGACACUGCUGAGCACCUUCAACAAGAACUUGGGGAAGUUCUCGUUUGCAAGAACGUUUCAAGCAUAUUUGAAAUGGCUCGAGGCCCAACGCCGUGCACCACAAACGACAAUCAACUAUAACUGGAAGAAUGUCGUCAUGCAAUGGGCUCAGAGUUUGAAGGCCAGAGAUGUUAGGCUCAAAGAUCUGGUUCUCGAGGUUGAGCAUUGGAAAAGGACCCAUGGACCGUUUCAAGACUCAAAAACCGAGGUGAAUCCAAGAUACCCACCAACCAUAGAAGAGUUGGAGACUGCAUACAAUAUGGAUUUGAGACCUCAUAGCGCCAGAAGCCCUCCAUCUGUCCCUCCAAUGAGAAAGGGGGAUCGCCAUCUGCCUGUGGAACCUAGACGUGGCCACAGAGGACCAGAACCCAACACGCACGAGGCCAUCAAGUCUCCAGCGAAGCACUAUUUGUCCUCGCCUAACAAUUCGUCAGUCCUUGCAAGCGCACCGGGUGGCACAAUUGGUCUGUUUGUUAUGAAUGUUGGGAACUACUCAAACAAUGAAGUGGUCGAAAUCUUCCAUCCUGAUACCCGACAUACUGUCACACGACUGGAAGCGUGGUUGACAAACAGAACUGUGCAUUUUCGAACAAUUGAAGACAGGGACCGGGCUUAUGACCUUCUUCCAGAUGACUUGAAGGACCGGAAAGAGAAAGACCUUACACGCCCACUUGUUAAGAUAUACGCGGGCAGAGGAACCAAGCAAUGGUCAGACACCAGCAGCGGACAUGCAGCCAGCCCUGAGAAAACAUUGAGGCGGCUUGGUGGCAAUAAAUAUGAACCCGAGGAAGUUGGUCUUUACUUUAUAAACACCGGGAGAUAUUCGAGGAAAGAUGUGGAAAGGCUCUUCAGGGAGAGAGAUAUUUCAAACAUUGUCGGCGUCGAACGGUUGAGUAAAUCCGACGUGGUUGUGUGGUUCCCAUCCACCUAUCUCCGGGACAAGGCUUUGGAACACCUGCCCUCCUACUUGAAAGAUGACAAUGAAACAUCACGCAAAACUUCACUCUUCGUGGUGCUUUUCAACCCAAGGGUGCAUGGCAAGCAUCCAGCAAGUCGCCUUCGGGAGAGGCAAAUCAACGUGCCUGACAAAUUCUACAACAGAGGAGCUGAUAAGAACGAAAGCCGAGUUGAAACCUCCGUUGCAACUAAACACGGUCGUAUUUCACGUUGGGGGCAUAUUCGCGAUGAAAACGAUGGGUAUCGACUCCCAGAUAGAACGCUCGGCGAUGAUGGACGCCUCUCAAGAUACGAAUCUACCAACAACUCGAGCCCUGAGUUCAGCCGCCAUAAGGAAACAUCAUUCAAUAAGCCAAAAAUCCCAGCCUUUUCUCCAAUUCGACACAAUGAAGAGAGAAAAAACGGAUAUUUGAAUGAUGAGGAACGUAUGACGUGGGAACAGGACCAAGGGGAUGUUUUCGCUGGGAUGUGGUUGGAAAAGCUCACUGGGGAGAUUAUGGAGCAAAGAAGCAAACUAGAGAACCCAACCCACUACAAUGCUUACAGCGAAGAAGAGCCAGUCGAAAAAGAGGCGUUACGACAUGCAGCUCAACUUGUCAACGAGAUUGGCAAUGCCAGGGCUGGAUUGAAGCGAUCCAGAAGUCCAGACCCCAUCGAUUAUAGAGAGGACAUGGUCGUUUAUUCUAAACGCACCAAGCUCGAAAAUGACUCUUCCGGCCAUAUUGACGGUUUUGAGGGAGAUCUAUCUGAUGGCGAUGCCCUUGGUUUGAGUACGCUUGGUCUCGGCAGAGUGAAGCGCCUCAAUGCACUUCACAUGUGGGAUCUUCUUGACAAUUCCAAGCGCCUGGAAGAACAUGCCCAAAGUGAGACGAGCAAUUCAAAUGAAAACAGUGCAAUGGUGGAGGAGGCCUCGGAUGGAGACAGUGAUGGCGAGGACGAGGAGGCAGAAUUCGACGACGACGAGGCAGAAUUCGAGGACAGGAAGGAAGAAUCCGAUGUCCAACGGCCUAACAAUGAGUUAGAAACUAUCUCAAGCCCAGACGACGGUUGGUGCUCAUCCCGAGAUUACUGGGCUGGAUCUUCGGAUGGCUCUAAUUCUUCCGAGCUUGAGGAAGGUGCCAGUGCCCAAGUGGAUCUACCAGGCGCUGUGGAAAUGAGCGACACCGAUGUCAAGUCAGACCCUGAGAUGGCAUACAGUAGCCCGGAGACACCAUCAGAGUAA